UCAUUAUAGAUGAUUUGACUAGAGAUCAUGUUUUGAUUGCGUGACGAAUUCUUAGUUUAGAAUAUUUUUGAGUGAAAACAAUAAGUAUGAGUGGUGAUGUGUGAACAAUAGGCUACUUACUGUUCAUUAUUUAUCAUAUUUAUGAUAACUUUUUUGGACUCGUGAACGGUACGGGGUGCCACGCGUAUUUCUUUCAGACUAUUUGCAAUAGUGAAACUAGAACAAGUUAGUCGUGCGCCUUAGCUCGGGCAUUUCCUACUCUUAUUAUACAGCGCUAUAGGUCCGCGUUGGCAUGUAUAGGACAACGCUGCUUCGGAUCUAAAAGCAGAGCAGAGUAACACAAAUAGGCUACUUCACUUUUUGCCUCUCACUUAUCAGCGAAGGGAAUUGCCUGGGAGUGUAGAAUCUGUGUUGUUUGGCUCCCCCCGUGAGGAGUUGAAGCCGUCCUCGUGCAUACUCUGCAUAUCACAGGAUUUGGUCUCUCCUCUCUUUCUGUAGCUGCUGUAGGACUGGCUAUGGCCACCGCUACUUCCGGGUUCCGUCAUUUCAUUCUCCCGCCGAUCAGCGCAGCAAACUGACUCUGUUCUAUAAGCAAGCUAGCAGCCAACCUGCCAACACUCGCUGACACUCACUCAUCUCAGACCGCGAGAUAGACGAAAUACCUACGGGGGAAGGAAAGAUCUGAAUUGCAAUCUCUUAAUUUCUAUUGCUUUUUCUUUUUACAGUAAUAAUAAAACAAGAUAGCAAUCCGGAGGCAUAAAGAGGACGCGGACUUGCUGGAUGAAAACGGGCUGAAAAGAUUCAUCCUCUCUUGAACAUCAUCACCAACCAUCAUUCAUUCAUUACCUUGACAACCCCUGGCUUUGAUUGACAGCUGGAGUGGCAAAAAGCCACGAGACACGACAGUUUAGUUACAUGCAGGUUGUUGAUGGGCCGAUUGUAAACCUUCAGUUUGGUGCUUGACCAUUUUUUUUAUUUUUGGGGGAAAGAGGAAAACAAGAAAAAUUGCAAAACUCAUCCUGAUGCUUCUGCUUGCACUCUACCACAUUGGAGAAUAGGAGAAUUCGCAAAGUUGGUUGAAAAAGGAAUCUUACCACUAAAUCACUUUCUAACCUGACUGGGAUAUUAAAUAUACGACACAUCCAGGAGUUUAUUGGAGCGCAGCCUGAUGGCGCAAAGGUACGAUGAGCUGGCCCAUUAUGGUGGGAUGGAUGGAGUCGGGGUCCCGGCGUCUAUGUACGGAGACCCGCAUGCUCCACGGCCGCUACCCCAAGUCCAUCACUUGAACCAUGGACCACCGCUCCAUGGCCAGCACUACGGUGCUCAUGCACCCCAUCCCAGCGUUAUGCCCAACAGCAUGGGCUCCGCUGUCAACGAUGUUUUAAAGAGGGAUAAAGAUCAAAUCUAUGGUCACCCAUUAUUCCCGCUGCUCGCGUUGGUUUUUGAGAAGUGCGAACUGGCGACGUGCACUCCGAGGGAGCCUGGGGUAGCAGGCGGCGAUGUCUGCUCCUCCGACUCCUUCAAUGAGGACAUCGCAGUCUUUGCCAAACAGGUCCGAGCAGAAAAACCUUUAUUUUCAUCAAAUCCAGAGUUGGACAAUUUGAUGAUACAAGCCAUACAAGUAUUACGAUUUCACCUUUUGGAAUUAGAAAAGGUGCACGAGCUCUGCGACAAUUUUUGCCACCGGUACAUCAGUUGUUUGAAAGGAAAAAUGCCAAUAGAUCUAGUUAUUGACGAGCGGGAUGGAAGCUCGAAGUCAGACCACGAAGAGCUCUCAGGAUCUUCGACCAACCUAGCCGAUCACAACCCAGCUUCCUGGAGAGACCACGAUGACGCCACCUCCACACACUCGGCCGGCACGCCAGGGCCCUCCAGUGGGGGCCACGCGUCACAGAGCGGCGACAACAGCAGCGAACUAGGAGAUGGUUUAGAGAACAGCGUGGCGUCUCCUGGCACAGGUGAUGAUGAUGACCCGGACAAGGAGAAGAAGAGGCAGAAGAAGCGCGGCAUCUUCCCCAAGGUGGCCACUAACAUCAUGAGGGCGUGGCUGUUCCAGCAUCUCACGCACCCGUACCCUUCUGAAGAACAGAAAAAGCAGCUAGCCCAAGACACAGGCCUCACCAUCUUACAAGUAAACAACUGGUUCAUUAACGCCAGGAGAAGAAUAGUACAGCCCAUGAUUGACCAGUCAAAUCGAGCAGUGAGUCAAGGAGCAGCGUACAGUCCGGAGGGCCAGCCAAUGGGCAGCUUCGUGCUGGAUGGCCAGCAGCACAUGGGGAUCCGGCCAGCUGGUCUGCAAGGCAUGCCAGGGGAGUACGUACCUCAGACUGGUCCUAUGGGCAUGAGCAUGGCCCCACCAAGUUACAACCCUACUCAUCAGAUGACCCCUCACCCCUCCCAGCUUCGACAUGGACACCCCCUCCAUCCCUACCUGCCCGGCCCCCACCACCCUCAUCACCCUGCCAUGCUGAUGCACGGAGGACCCCCUCACCCAGGAAUCACCAUGUCUGCAGAGAGCCCCCUGCUGACCCCCAUUGACCCCAGCGCUGGAGGACAAGGCUUGGACAUCCAUGCCCAAUAGUAUAAGCAAACUUUACUACCACAACAUCAACAACAACAGUAGCUUCUAAGAGAAGAAAACAAACAUCAACAACCCUAAAGCAAAGAUAUCUUCAGACUAUUUUUCUGAAUAAAAGCAGAACCGUUUUGACCAUUAUUAGACAGUGAAAACAGAAUUCCAGAUGAGCUGUGAUGAUUCUUCUUCUUUUUUUUUUCUUUAAAAAAAAAAAAAAACUUUUACAUUUUGUUACUUUCAUCCAAAUGGAGGACCAAGCUGACAAGAACACUUUGUAAAGUCUUGGGCUUUUGUUAAAGAUCAACAGAAGAUGUUUUGAGGACAGACACGUACGUGCGCAAACAUGGACACACGCACACACUUAAGACACACGCAUUCGCACACACACAGUGCACACUCUCUCCGGGUGACACGUUCAACUCAUUUUUUCAAAACGGAAUCACUCUGGAAGAUUGAGAGAAAAAAGAAAAAGACAAAAAAGACUCCAAGAGUUAUAACUACUGUAGUAUAAAAAGUAUAGCAACUAAGUUAAAAACGUUUGCAUUUUUUGUUGAUCACUCAAUUUCCUGAGCUAGUUGUAGAAUAAAAGGUGAACCCUUUCUCUCACACUGUGUGUGCUCCUUCCUGGAGGAGAAACUGUCUCGGUGGUGAAGCAGCACUAGAAAAAAGAAAAGAUGGAACAUCUCAACAACGGACGCCCACUUGCUCCCAAACACAGCGACAGGCAGAACAGGCCCUGUCCCCCAUAAAGAACAGGGCAUGAUGGGAAAAGGCUGCUAAAUGACACCUGAUCUCUCCAGAAGAUUCAGUUUGAACAUGUUUAAUGCCCCUCUUUGGUUGGUUCAUGAAUGAAUGUUACCCUGUAGGUAUAUACAAAAAAGUUGUUAGUUUGAAUUGCCCAAGCACUGGAUUGUGUUGGUUUUAUACAUUUUUAUUUGAUUAUUAUUUGAUUUUUUAGUAUCCUGGACUCUCAUUGACAGAGCCUAUUGAAGGAAACUUAAUCGUGGAAAAGCAGCAUCCUACUCUGCUUCUUUGCCUCUGGAUCAACAUACUUGCCAUAUGGACAAUACUGACACAAUGGUGAAUUCUUUGGCACUGGGAGAAGACAUUGGUGGUAGAUGCACCCAAAAACCUACAACUUCAAAACAGAAGAAGAAAAAAAGAACUUAAAUGAUGAACUCAAAGCUUUAGGGAAAAGCUAAGAGAAUAUUGUAACAAACUUCGUACAGAGUUCAGUCUAUUAAUUGUUUCAUGUUAGAUAUUCUAUGUGUUUACCUCAAUUGAAAAAGAAUGUUUUUGCUAGUUUCAGAUCUGCUGUGGCAUUGAUAUUGUAUGUCCAUGAAUUCCUUCCUUUUUCAGCACGUGUUCCUCACUAGAUGAUAAAAUGCCGUCUCCCUUAAGCUUUGUCAAAAAUACAUUAUUAAAUACUUGUAUGAGGACUGUGACGUAAUGUUUAAAAGGUGUUCAGUCACAAAUGCUGUAAUAAAUAUUUCAUUUUUGA